AUGUCGCAGUUGCUUAAUAAAGCCAAGAACUUCGUGUCGGAGAAAAUCAAUGACGUGGCCAAGCCAGAGGCGAGUGUCACCGACGUGGACUUCAAACGUGUGAGCAAAGAUAGCAUCGAGUACUUGGCCAAGGUAUCGGUUCACAAUCCAUAUUCAACUCCUAUACCUAUCUGUGAGGUCAAGUACUCUUUCCAAAGUGCAUCCAGGGAGAUAGCAUCAGGGACAAUCCCUGACCCAGGAUCGUUGAAGGCAAAGAACACCACGAUGGUGGAUGUGCCUGUGAAAGUGCCAUACAGCAUAUUGGUGAGCUUAGCAAAGGAUAUUGGAGCUGAUUGGGACAUAGACUACCAAUUGGAUUUGGGUCUUAUUAUUGACGUUCCUGCCAUUGGCAACCUCACUAUUCCCCUCUCUCACAAGGGAGAGGUCAAGCUACCAACCCUCUCUAAUAUGUUUGCUUAG